ACCGCCAGCAAACAAUGGUACCACCACUCAUUCCGGACAAUGAUGUCCCAGCACAAGCGACAGGCACAACGGCUGCCCCACAGGACCUGAAGGAUGAGGCCGUGUACGGCUGCAUUGAAGCCCUCAUCACUCAAUGGAGGACGUGUCUUGUUGAACUGGAAAGCCUUCAGCAGGCAGCGCAUGCAGCAGACCGCCCGGUACGGGGACUGCAUGCGCUGCUGAAGGUCCAGCAACGCGCCCUGGACAAAGUCGCCCAGAAAAACCAGAGAGCAAUCUCGCAGGCCCAGUACUUUGGCAUCAGGAGCUGCUGCUGGGAUGACAGAUGGGCCGUCGUCAAGAAGUGCCGCGGCCUGGUCGCCAUCAACAAGGACUUCCCCCGCAGCCCGCGUCUGCCCGUCCCUGCCGAUGCCGGUUGGCUGGCAUACAAGGACCAACCGUUCCAGGAGCGGCCCGUCGCCAUCGAUGCUGUGGUUGACAGCGGCGCCACCUGGAUCAAAUUCAUCGCCAUCUCUUCGAAGACGCUCGAGUACCAGGUCGUCGCCGAAGGUUGGGCGAGUGAGCCUGAGGACGACGAGGGAGAUGGGAACGCUGAUGAAGGACUUGGCCAUACCGACUUUGCGUACACGGUUAAGAAGAUCAUCCUAGCAGCACGAUGGAAUCACUGCCACCACCUUCACCUCAUCCUGCCGGGGCUUCAAGACGGGAAAUCAGAGCUCGUCGAUAGAAUAAUCCACUACAUCAGGCACAAAAUCGGGGGUCAUGACGUUUCCGUGGAAGUCAGCUGUGCCGGCAGCCCGUUUCUCAUCAAAGCAGCUCCGGCCCUCGACGAAGCCAUCGCCGCCCUCGUCCAGGACCGGGAUCCGCUGGUCGGCGAUGACUGUGGACGUUUGACCGAGGCAGUUAACCUCGAUCCGAGUGUGUUGGUUGCGUUGGUCACCGACCUCCAUCAUGGGCCCGUCCCUCUGCAGCCAGAAUCUCAACAGCAGAUUAUCACCAAGUCCCUCCUUGAACAUGAAACCGACAACAAUGAACUGGUGCCCCGGCAGGACAUCUUGCCCGCCGUCUUGUACCCAGCACUACGCGGACGCAAGUUGGUCUGCACCCGGCUUGCAGCUGCCUACUUCCGCAAGCUCAUCGGUGCCAUCUCAACGCACUCAGAAGAAGUCAGGGCGGCGAUGGUUCUCCCUCCGUCAGACGCUUCCUCGGAUGAACCCCCAUCCCCAGACACCCUUCGCCAAACUCUCCAACAAUGGUCGACGGUCCCCAUCCCACCCGACCUGCACCUGCCCGUGCAAAUCGUACCCGACAUCAACCUCCCCGACAUCCCUCCCCUGAUCGCAUCCAACACCCUGCCGCCCAUGGCAAACAAGAUCGCUCGCGACCUUUCGCCACUGAACCGCUCCGUCUACUGCUACGGCUGGGCCCACCGCAUCACAACCAUCACCGGCCACCGCGGUAUCGAGCGCCAGCUGCGCCUGUCUCUAGCCCGGCACUGGACGUGUGGGGACGAGCGAGAUGAGAUCCCGCCUGAUGUCUGGCACCGCCACCUGGGCGGCUACUUGAUCCACCGGGACAAGCCCAAGGACUGGCGGGACAUAGUGAGCGGGGAGGUUCCGGCUGAGGUAGUGCGGUGGACGAACCCGUGGACAACGUGGGGCAGGGGCAUCAGCACGUACGGGCUGCCAGACACGAAGACGUGGGAGGGCGUGGGGCACGAGGAUAAGACGGGGUAUGGGAGGCGGAUGGGGACGAGGGAGGAGAGGGCUGGGGGCAGAGCAGGAGUGGAGGAUCAAGAGCAGUCGUGAUGGAUGGAUGGAUGUGAGAUGGACGACCUGCCAAAAAAAGGGAAAUUUGUUUGGGUAUAUUGAUGAGUGGUACUUGGAAACCACAAGAGAGAUUAAAAGAUGUAAUCCGCCCGAACAAUCAUCACCCAAAUCUAAACACUAAAGAAUAUCAGCAACAUUUACAC